AGAGGGUCCAAAAACGAGUGAUUUCUUUCGGUUCAUUCCGUGUUUGCCUCCUUUUUUUUGUAUUCAAAUCACACAUCAUUGAGCGAUUAUGGACGGGCCGCCAAUCCAGCGCCAGACGUCCAGUCCCGGCGGGGGUAUAUCGCAACUUAAAUCCUUAUCCUUGGGAGCCGGCGUCAAUCGAGAUCAACAAGUGGAAAAGCUCCUAAAGGAAGUCAAACAACUCAAGCAGAAAGUCGAUAUUCUCGACAAGGAAAAUAUUGCGCUGAAAAAGAGCAUCUAUGAUCUUUCAGCUCGCUAUGCGCAGUCCAUUUCACAGUCGGGUUUGUCUUACCGCCCGGGUCCGUUCGUCAUCGACAGCGAUUCCCCCACAGCAGGCAAAGGCAUGAUUACAAAAGCACAGGAAAUGAUCAACAAGGCCGUUCAAGAAGCCGGAGCCGAUCUUGAUGGUUUUCCAUCCGGUGCAGGAUAUCCUCACGAUUCCCGCGACGGCAAACCCUUCCAAAUGCGCUACGAACUUCGGGGUCAUACGGGAGCCGUCCACACCGUCAGUUUCGCACCGAAUGGCGCCUUGUUAGCGUCGGGAUCAUUUGAUAAAACAGUUCGUAUCUGGGACACAUCAGCUCAGAAAGAGAUGUUGUGCUUAAAGGCACACACCUUGAAUGUGUCUGAUCUUGCCUGGACCUCCGAGUCUACACGGUUGCUGUCAGGCGCAUAUGACGAAACGUGCAAAACAUGGGACGUGGAAAGUGGCAAACUGCUGGGAAACUACGAAACUGAAGGAUUUGUCCAAUGUGUUGGUUGGGAUUUUGUGGAUUCGGACAUCUUUUAUUAUGGCACUUCUCGGAAAAUCUUGGCCAUGGUGGAUGUGCGUGUGGAAGGAGCAGCAUCCGUGGUUAUUCGUAGUGAUGCCAUGAUUAACACGCUCUAUGCAUCUCGCGACGGCAUUCACGUCAUUACCGGUGACGCACAGGGCAUGCUCAAAGUUUGGGAUAUCCGAUCACGACAAUGCAUCUCAGAAACUCAAAAUGACCCUGGAAAAAUGCCUAUUACUCACAUUUGUAUUGGUCGUCGACGAACGGACGCAUCUCGAAGAGCCAUUGACGAUUACGAUGAGCCAAGGUAUAUGGCCGUCAACAGUUACGACAACCUACUUCGUGUAUAUGAUCGCGGCAUGGAUCCGCCCAAAUCUGAUCCACGAUUAGUGCACGCUCUCAAAGGGUUCAAGAAUCGGAAUUGGCCCAUCAAGUCGUCCUUUUAUUGUGGCAGUGGAUAUAACUCGUCCAUCCUCAGUCGACCGUCAACCACCAACGAUGUCUAUGGCGAUCCGGAUUUAUCGCCCAAUCCAAGUGAAUAUUUUAACGAUCUUGCCGAACCAAAAGAGGAAAAGAGCGUGCUCUUGGCGACGGGCAGUGCGGACCCGUACGCCUAUCUUUACAAUGUCGGCGAAGAUAGUGCUGAGUUGAUGCAGCGACUAGAAGGCCAUACGGAUCGUGUGUACGCUGUCAACUUCCACCCGACUGAACCUCUUCUCGCGACCGGCUCCGCAGAUACUACGGUUAAACUAUGGGGACCGAGUUUAUCGCGAGGAAAGAAAAAGAGCAUUCUCUAGUACCAUUGAUCAUUUUUAGAUAUUCGCUCCAUUUUUGCUUGUCCAUGAUCUUUUUUUGUAUAUACGCUUUUUUUUUCUUUUUUGACUUACAGUAAUUGAUGAUUAUGACAUCAGGAAUAUCAUUUCUGCAUGAUGCAAUUUUUUUCCCCAAUGCGCGUCCUUUUGAUUUUGACAUGUGG